AUGAAGAGAAUUUCUCAAUCUAGGGCUGCAUCUCUCUCUCCUCCACCCUAUGUCGUCAUCCUCAUCUCUUGCUCUGGGCUCGUCUCUUUCGUCCUAUUGCUCCUCACCUGCCUGUGCUGUAAAAGAGGAGUGGGGUUCAAUGAGUUUGACAAUGCCGACGGGGAGGAGUGCUCUGGAGGCUCCAGCCCCAUCCAGGAGGACAGCCUGUCGUCAUGUCCCUCCCUCCCUGAGGUUUACACCUUACCAGUCAGAGACAGGUCCAACUGCCCCGCCCUGCAGGAUGGAGCAGACUCUAAGUCUCAGUGCUUCAAAAGACACACUUUAAACUACCUUCAGGAAAUAGGAAAUGGCUGGUUUGGAAAGGUGAUCCUGGCGGAAGUGCUGUGUGACUGCAGCUCCUCUCAGGCUGUGGUGAAGGAGCUGCGUGUCAGUGCCAGCCCUCUGGAGCAGAGGAAGUUCUUGGCUGAGUCAGAGCCGUACAGGAGCCUUAAACAUCCCAACAUCCUUCAGUGUUUGGGGCAGUGCAGUGAGAGCAUCCCGUUCCUCCUGGUUAUGGAGUUCUGUCAGCUGGGUGACCUGAAGAGGUAUCUGCGAGCCCAGCGCAAGUCAGAUGGGAUGACUCCAGACUUGCCGACUCGGGAUUUGUUGACUCUUCAGAGAAUGGCUUUUGAGAUCACCUCGGGCCUGCUGCAUCUCCAUGAAAACAACUACAUCCACAGUGAUUUGGCUUUAAGAAACUGUCUGCUGACCUCCGACCUCACUGUCAGGAUAGGCGACUACGGCCUUUCACACAACCAUUAUAAGGAGGACUAUUACCUAACUCCAGACAAGCUAUGGAUCCCACUGCGCUGGAUUGCUCCUGAGCUGCUGGAGGAAUACAGAGGAUCUCUUAUCGUUACUGACCAGACCAAGACCAGUAAUGUGUGGUCGCUGGGGGUGGUGAUAUGGGAGCUAUUUGAAUUUGGCUCCCAGCCCCACAGACACCUAAGUGAUGAAGAGGUGCUGACCUUCGUUAUUAGGGAGAGACAGAUCACGCUGGCCCAGCCCAGACUCAAACUCUCCCACGCAGACUACUGGUAUGAGAUCAUGCAGUCCUGCUGGCUACCUCCAUCUCAGCGCCCAUCUGUAGCUGAGAUAUUCCUCCUCCUCUCCUCCCUCUUGGCCGCAGAGCGAGGAAUGGCCAGGGGGAGUGUUGGGGAAGAGGAUGAAGAGGACGAGGAGUAUGAGGAGGGCAGGGGAAGGAGAGGCGAGAGCGAGGAAUCGUUUGAAAGACGCUGGGACUUACUCCGACCACCUGCCUUCCAGACUGCAGCAAACGAGCGGCAAAGGGAGAGACAGUACAGCAGGGAGGACAGAGACAACUCUUACCCCCUGCUGGACCCGGUGGGGAACUGUAUCACCCCGUCCUCGUCUGAAUUGGACGACAUCCUGACAGUCACUGAAACAAGCAAAGGAUUGAACUUUGAGUAUUUCUGGGAGAAGGCUCAUGCCAGACGAGGCUACAAACCACUUCCUCCUCCUCAGCCAAUCCCUACUGUGAAUAAUAACCACAGACAGUCUUUGGACACUCCCACUGUGGUCCCGGUUAUUAGCGCUCGCAGUCCCUCCCUUGCCAGCGAGUACUACAUUAGGUUAGAGGAGCAUACUCCCCAGGACAGGUCGCCAACUCUUAAAGGGAAGGCACAGUGCUCUUUCCGCUCCGACUCAAUUUGCCCUGGAGAUGUGGAGCUGGUUGAGAUCCGCAGUGGGUUGCUGGGUAAAGAGCGCAUCCCGUAUUGUUCCUCUGACAAAUGUGGAAAGGGGCUGCAGACGGUCAGAUCCAGUGAGGUUCAGCUCCAGGUGCCUAACACAGGUAUGGCAGAGUUCAGAGACACUUCCAGCAGAGUGACUGACUUCUCAGUGGUUGAUUUAGGGGACGACGAAGAGGAGGAGAAGAAGAAGAGCAGUGAGGGAGAUAAAAGAUCAUCAAGUUCCCAAGCCCCAGUUCUCCCUCCCAAACCUCGCUCUAUGUCCAUGUCAUCAGCCAAUCACCUUCACUCACGCCCCCUCCCCGCCCCUCCGCUCGGAUACAGAGGACUGCCUCACUACAGCAUUAGCGGAAAAAUCGAGACAGACCCCCAUCACAUGAGCAGCUGUCCACCUUCUACUUUUGAUCACUUUGGGCUCCAUCGCUCCAGACAGACUCUACCCCCAUCCCCGUCCCUCUCCCCGUCCCUCCCCCCAUCCAGCCAUCCAAUUUACCCUCAGCCUCCUCAAAUGUGUCCUCCUCCUCUCCCUCCCCACUCCAAACCACAAAGAAGCUGCCCCAGCUACAAUGAAUUUUACUCCAGAUACAGUAAGCCGCAGAUGCAGAGAUGCAAUAGAGACCCACUAUCCAGUGACUUGUCACAUAGAGAGAGUGUCACCAGACAUGCAGCAUCAUUGCACAACUCAAAGGAGGCUUCUCAUCCACGUGUAAAAGCCUUUGAUUCCCCUGUUCGUCGAGAAAACCCUUUGCGCCCUAUUUAUCGCAAUCUACCCCGCCCCCAGACUGAAUGCCAGUCUUCGUCCAGUCCCACCUACUCAGAUGAGGAUGACUCUCCCUUCAUGUCUCCUGAGAGACCCUGCGGUGCGACGACUGUCACCCACUCCAGCCUGUCUGAAGAUGCAGACCCAGCCAUUCCGGACCUCUUCUUCAGGGGAAUGAAAAGGACGCAGUCUCGGCUCGACACCAUCCUCCCUGCCAUUUGGAAAGAGGAUGCUGAACUUCAGGCUGAACGUGUAGCCGCAGCGAAAAAAUCCCCUAUGCAUUUGUUUCUGACAGAAAUAUCUACUGUGACAGAGUCCAACGAGUCCAAGUCAGAGGCUUCAUGGGAGGGAACGAAAGUGGAGAAAAGAGAUGGAGAGGGAUGGGGAAACUUUGUCUUGCCCAACAGAGGAAUGAGACGUUCCCAGUCUCUGAUUACAGAGCUGGGAUCAGUGGGGCAGUCAUGGGGGCCAGAGAAACAUAUCAACCAGACAGGAGCUGAGGAGGAAUAUACAGUUACUAAAGAAUCAUUUCAGAGGGAACUUUUCCUGACAGAGAUCGACACAGGGAGGAUGGACGUGGAUGUGGAGGAAGGAUCAAGCAGUGACCCAGUAAAAUACCUCUAUCCUGCAGGAUCCAGAUUACGGCCAUUUGUCUGCACUCCAGGCUUUCCCUCAUGCACUGAGGCUGAGGACGCGUAUUCAAAAGGUAUACGCAGGUCUCGUUCUCUGCUCUCUGAGAUCACCAUCAGCAAGCAGGAGUCUGAUCUACAGCAAACUGAGAAGGAGCCACAGAGAGCUGAAAUGACCAGGGAGGAGUUCCUGAAAGAGAUCCAGUCGGCGGAGACCUUUUUGACGGAAAUAAUAUCAAGACAAAACGCUGCAGCAAACAGGAAGGAGGCAGAACCCGCUUCCUCUCCUACUCCACUAUCACCUGAAUAUGAGUCCAUAUGCAUUGACCCAAACUCCACACAGACCAUUAGUUUUCAGUCAGAGAACUCCAUACGAAGCAAAGGCAAAGAUGAUGCACAAACCGAGGCCAUCUAUGCCCAGGUGACCAAGCGUGCUAAAAAGAGUGAGAUAAAAGUUUCCAUCCGACCUGAGAUCCCAAUCCUUCACAUAGGAUCAAACAAACAGAAUCUCAAACUGGACAGCCAAGGAAACGAUGCUGACCACUGCCAAUCUGGUGAGUUUGUGUUUUCAGAGAUCAUGCCCAAAAACGGUUUACUGCACAACCAGAUGCCUGUAUGUCAGAAGGAGGAGGAAUGUGCGGAUGGUCCUGCUUUACCUGCCAGAGGAGAGCAAACAGAUCUCUCAGAGGCAUCUUCUCUGGAGUCCUCUGAGAAUGUCAAAGAAUCCAACACUGUGAUACUGCAUGAUAACCAAUUGCUGUUUACACAUGAAGCAAAUACUCAAAAGUCUGCUGUUGUAGGGAACGGUGAAAUAAUGAAGGAAGACCUACGGGCCACUAGUCCUGAGAGAGGAGAUCAAAUAUGUGGAAAGACUGAUACCACGUCACAUGAUCCCAAGACAGAACAGAACCACGCUGAUAACAUUUCUGCAGCUGCUGAGUUGGAGAACUCUAAAAAUAUGGGUUCUCAAAAUGACGAUGAAAGCUUUGUAAAGACAAAGAGAGAAAAUUUACUUCACUUCAUUGAUGGCGGCCCAGAAAAAUACUGUCAAAAGGCAGCCAGUCCUGCCGCCACUCCAACCACUCCAGACUGGGACCCAUCCUCUGAUGUCUCGCUCGUCACCCCCACAGACUCGGUCCUGUCACCUAUGACUUCCAGCUCGGCCGACUGCCUCACACCUAGUGACUCAUGGACAGGAGGAGGAGGAGGGAGCAGCGGGUGGCGAGCACUGGGAAAUGAAACACCACAUCGAGACUCUGCCUAUUUCUCAGACAGUGACUGGGAGGGUGACGGGAUGAACAGGAGGAGCAGCGAUGGACUCAACUCAUCAAGGCCGAGCAGCGGUCGAGGAGGAGAUCGGGGAAUACUGACAGGGAUUGAGGAAAGAACUGAGGAGGAGGGAGAGUUUUGGGAAAAGAGUCCUUUAAGAACUGGAACUGGAAAAACUGUCAUGACGUGUGAAGAGGGUAUAACAUAUCAAAAUACUGAAAAUUGCUUCUAUACUCUAGCUGAUGACAAAGAUAUUCUUAGCAAAGGGCUGCAGUCCUCACAGAGGGACGAUUCUGGCAUUUUCCACAAUGACAGCAAAAAGUCAACAUUGCUGUGUGACGAUCCCCAGGCCAAGGACUGUGUUGAACUUAUCGAUACGUUGUUCUCUAAGUUAGACGAUGAGCCACUGAAAGGGCUGCCACACAGUCAUGUAGACAACCUCUACACAGAUGGCAUCGUCUCCCAGAUAACAGAUCACAGACACCAGGACUCUGCAGAUAACGAUUCCAAGAGCCUCACUGAGACAAAUGUUUUGAUCAGGUCUGUAUCUGGUCAAUCCAAAGACUGCAUGUUAAGAUCAAGCAUCAAAGAUCACACAAGUGUUUCAGAGAUCGAUGUUGAUCUCUCUGCACUGAAUUCCCUCAAACAUGGAAGUGACACUGUGGAAAAUGUAGAACUGUCCAAAGUUGCCAACGGAGAUUCCAGAAUAUCUCAACUAUACAGCAUUAAAAGCAAUAACGCCAUACUCAUGGAUGAAACGCAGUCAGAGGUUGAGUCAAGGGAUGAUGGGAAGUCUGACAGUGAUAAAGUGAGUGGACUGACAUGGGCUCAGAGGGAUGAUGAAGAACCUGAGACACGUGAAGAAAGGCCUGGUAUAGACCACAAUGAGCUGGGUCUGAGAAACCUCUGCUGCUCAAACAGCAGCGAGGAAAAGAAGACGUCUACAGAGACGGAGAAACAGCUGGCUGCUGCAGAGAUGAGUAAUGCCAUGAAGGAAAAGUCGCCCCUGAGAGGACGAGCAAGUGGCGUUGACUCUGCAAACGAUGCGGAUACAGAUUCCUGUGAGGGCCUGGAUGUUAAAGCUAAAGAGUUAUGGAGUGCUCUGGAGGAGGAUGAAGAAAAAUCAGGUCCUGACGUGGUGAGAGGAGAGUUUGACUGCCACCGUUUCUCACAGUCAAGGGACUUGCGCUUGUGGCCCGAUGAAAAUGACCAGUGGGCGUCUCCGGAGAAGAGGUGCCAAGAUAUGGAGCUAAGAUCUGAAUUCUUCUCCGGCUUCAGUAAUAAAGCAUGGGAGGUGGGGGACAGGCUCGUGGUAGGUCAGGAGUUUUGGGAGACUGAGGAAAACGAUGAACUUGCAGGAAGUGAACCUCACCCGGCUGUCCAGGAGGGUUGUGAAGAAAUGUGGAAUGAUGAAACACAAGGACUGACCGGUAAUCUCAGCAUGAAGGAAAACAUUGACCCGGAGGACAAAGAAAACCAGCCGGCUUCCCAAUCAGUACACAUACAACAGGAUGAAAAUAUUGAGAAUCUAGGAGAAAUUGACAGUUUCAACAAGGUGCUGAAAAGAGAAAUCUCAGAUAUUGAAGUGGAGAAUAUAGAAAUCCCCGAGCAAGAGACCUCAAAGCAAAGAGAGAGGCAGAUUUUAUCAUGCACAGAGACGGUCGGGUACAGGGAAGGUUGGCUAGACUCGACAGAGACAGAGGAGAAUCACAAUUUUAACAGUUGGCCUCAGAAUCACCUCAGCGAGAUCCAAACGGAGGAGCAGGCAUCAGCUGAGCAUGUUGACCAGGAAACUGAUUCUAAUUUAGAUAACUACUUAAGUCACACUCAGAAUAACAGCGCAAAUAUAUCAAUUUGCAUCACAGAAGCUCCUCAUGUGAACUUUGCAGACCUGGAAAAUGAGGAAUCAGGUUUAGAUUCAGAGGCUGAAAUGAGACCACAGCUGUCUGGUUACAUAGAAGAUAGAAUUGUCUUCAUGAACACAGAGGAGGAUUUCAGAGACAUUCAGUCAGAUCCCAUCUGUUGUCCCCGUGACCUUGACUCACAGGAGGAGAUAGAUCCACAGGUAGAUAAUUUCAGCUCCGUAGAUUUUCCAAGUCCUCCACCGAGCAUAGACCUUGACGUGCAAGAUGAUAAAUUGGAAAGUUUGGACGACUCGUUUCCUAGUCCACCGCUCUCUGUUAUCGAGGCAGAGGAGUUCAUUAGUCACAUUAAUCUAGACGACUUUAUUGCCAGCACUGACACUGAGCAGUAUAUUUUCCCACCGCACAAUACAAACGUCCCGCAGCCUCCACUGCAUGAAUCCCCCCCUGCUCCAACGCAGAGUAAAGGGAUCUUGGCCAACCUGAACCUGCCCUCUGUGCAUAUAACAAUGCAUGAUGACAGCAAUUUUACAUCUGACAGUGAAAGUCAGGAGGAACAUAAUGACCUCUCCCAGAAAACAUCAUCCACCACCCCCUCUUCACCCCAAGCUCCUGUCAACAAUCUCCCAGAACUAUUGAUUUCUGAGUGGAAAGAUUUGGACGAGGAGCCCCUGGAGGAUUUUGAAAAACUGGAGCAGUUGUGCUGCAUAUCUGGGGAUGAGGAGGACGCUCUGGGGGAGCUUUUCUUGGGAAACCUGGAGCUCCUGGAAUCUUUGAAGAAAUCACCUGAUCAGAAAGGUAGCAGCUCCGGGGAUCGGGACACAGGUGAGGAGAUUUGUGACUCCUCUCCUCCCAGGGAGAGCAGGGUGGAUUUGAAGGAGGAUGGAAUCUCCAAUAACUUUGAUAAUCUGGGGGAGUCUGCACCUCCCAUGAUCCUGGAUUCACAAGAGGAGAUCAAUGAAGUGCUGAGAUCAUCAGGCCAGACAUCUGACAUCAAAGACCAGGGGUCUCUCUCCAAGAUGACAACGAAGAAUGGCCUAAUGAUGCAGGUGUGUGAGGAGAGGCUGCAGUUCUCCCUCAGUGAAAAUGUGAAAACAAAUGUGCUUUGGGGAGCGACUGUGAAAGACACUGCAACGCUGCGACCGUGGGGAGAACAAAUCUCAGAGAGCAGCAAGCUGGUCACUGUGAAAGAGCAGAUAGACGAUGAAAGUGAAGAGGAGCUGGAAACUGUUCCCAACGUUCAACCCGACAUCGACGAACAUGAAGAACCUAAAGAAGAGCCGCUCACUGUGAUUGAACAACCUGAGGUUACACCUCAGCCCAUUGCAAACCAGGCAAUGAAAGCAAAACUCGCUCGUCUGUCUCUCGCCCUCCCUCCUCUCGCUCUGACUCUCCCCCUCACCCCCACCGGUAAAGGAGGAUUUGGGGAUGGAGCGAUUGGAAACAGGAUUGGAAGACGGAGAGGUCUGUCGUCAGGGAGCGACCCUGACGAUGAUGAGGAGGAUGAACAGGAGGACGAAAGUUCCCGGAGGGUGAUCGUCGUCACAGAAACCGACGUGGACAAACGCGUUGGGCUGAGGAGUCUGCUGAAGUCACCCAAGGAGCCAAUGGACAGAGAGAGGGACAGAGGACGAAAUGUGUCCUUUUUUGAUGAUGUCACAAUCUAUCUUUUUGAUCAGGAAACUCCAACAAAUAAGUUGAGCUCUUCAGCUACCACGAGUCCAGCUGCCGUUUCUGUCAAAAGCAACAAGUUGGAUCUGCAUGGGCCAAACAUCAAAAGCAAAGAAUCAAAGAGGAAAGAGGAUUUAAAACCAAGGUCGCCUGUGGGGGCCAAUCCAGUGACAUCAUCGCGCUUCACUGUCAGUCCUGCUAACGACCCCCACUUGGUGUGAUGUUAGGUGUCGUCGUGGGAACCUUCAGAGCUCAACCCUCUUGGACUGGCCAGUGAAUUAACCACAACAACCAGCCAAUCGCCCAGAGGCUAUUUUUUUAUUGAAUAGGCAACUGAAAGAAAGAUACUCCCGUUCUUGAGGCUGGACACAUUCCAGGUUUUACCAGCGACAGGAUUUUGUAUGACAGGGGCUGCUGUGCUCCGGCCUGCCAUUGUUUACAGAGUUUAUUCAGAGCCUUCGGCUACAAGAAGUCUUUGCAAAAGGCAGCAUAUGCUAAGAGAAGAGGAGCCUGGAGCUUUGUAAAAUCUGAAACUGAUUUGACAGCUAUGCAGUGGGAGUCUUGCUGUGUACCAGCUUACCUUCUCUUUUUCUGCUUCAUUCUGUUGUAUUAUUCCCCAGAUGUGCGGGGAAUGCACUUUCUUUAGUCAUUCAUCUGUCUAUGUAAACGGUUGGAUUCCAGUCCUCUCUUUAUAAAAGUUGUUUGUUGCAGUCAGUCGGUUGUUCCUGUAGGCAGCAGUUUGAAUCAGAAAUCGCUUGACUCCUUGAUUUGAGAAUACUCAUUUACAUUUGUACAAAUAUCAUAAUACAAGUGUAUACAGUAUCAUUUUAGAGCUGUUUACUUUUAGAUGUAUUCUUAGACUGCACGGAAAAUCAAACAAGCUAUGUUUCUUAAUACUUUUAGUUCCAAAAAGGUUUAUCUUCUAUUAUUUAUUAUUAAGUAUUUAUUUAUUUUAUUUUUAUCCUUUUAUGUAAAGCCAGUUUCCAUGCAAUAUUUUAUUUAUUUUGGUAUUUACUUAUUUAUAAUUCGAUUUAUUUAUUUGCUUUUGUGCAAUUAACAUAUAUUAACCUAACUGUAAUUUGUUUGGGACAGAAUGCAUCUAGGUUAUAUCCUCUGUAAGAUCUUCAUAACAUAUAAAUCGAAAAUAUUUUCCCAAACGUAUUAAUUGCUAAAAAAAAGUAUUUUGUAUAAUUUUACUUGUUAAUAUAUGCCCAUCUGUGUGGAACUAUGUCCUGUAAUGUUUGAUUAUUUUCCUAUGUCUAUGGAUUUUUAGCUGUCUCGUCAUUCUUUGACCUCGUUUAAAGACAGUUAAUGUAGCUUAGCAUGAAAAAUGGAAGCCGCUCAUCGGUGAAUAACUCCAUCUGUUUGUGUAUCUGUUAAUUUAUGCCAUUUUCUACUAAUAAGAGUCCAUCAUGCAGUCGAGGUCCAACUAGUCCAUUUGUUUAGUCUGUUUAAAUGUUGGUUUAAAACCUGUAUUGUUUUAAGAAUGGUUUUCAAGGGGUAAUGUAUAAACAAGGGGAAAUAAAAACC